CACCGAUCCUGCAUUUUCCUUGUCCAAGUCACUGUAAAAAAACAAAAGACAAAACCCCGAAUCCCUCCCUCUCUCUCUCUCUCUUCAUGGAGUUCAGACAUCGAAAUUACAGUGCCGAGCUUGAAUCUCACGCGCUCCCUCGCCUACGCGCCGGAGCUCAUCCUCUCUCUGCUCCACCUCCACCUCCACCUCUCUCCCAGGUUGAUGCCAUAGAUUGUGGGAACACUGAUUUCUAUGAUCCACUGAGAGGAACUAAUAAUGAUGCAAAUGCCGCCCCUCCUGAUCAUGACAACUUGAAUGAAGCUGCUGAUCAUAUGCCAACAAAGGAGUGGACCUCUUUCAGGAGAUUACUAACGCAGAGGUUUCCUGUCUCCAAAAUGGUUUCCGUUGCUUCAAUGCCCGAUGUUUUAACGAGAAGUGGAAAAUUACUUGAGAAAUCUUCAACAAAUAUGCACUUGGAGGAAUUGGAGGAUCCACAAAAAUUCGCAGACGAGGGUGUCAAGACGAUUACGUGGCAGGAGUAUGUUUCUCGACUACAUGAACUCAAAGAUGAAAUUACUCGUUCCUGGCUUGCUGAAGAUCGAGUGACAUCCUUAAAGUUAUCCAUAAAGGUUGCUAAGCUUCUGAUGGAUACGUCAGUAUUUGAGUUUUAUCCUACACUUUUUGUUCUUGUCACAGAUAUCAUGGAUAUGCUUGGGAACCUGGUUUGGCAACGCAUAAAGCGGAAAGCUGAGUUUUCCGAAGAUGGAGCUUUACGCUGCAACUUAGCAGAAAACUUUCAAGCAAGGGAUAUUUGUGCUGAUGCCAAAGAAACUUGCUAUAACUGGUUCAACAAAAUUGGUGCUGUGCAAGAGCUUCUUCCACGCAUUUACUUGGAGCUGGCAAUAUUGCCUUGCUGGCGGUUUUUGCUUGAGCAACCUUUAGACAGCCUCCGACGCUUGGUAAUGAUGAUAAGAGGAUUAGGAGAUCCAGUAGCAUCUGCAUAUUGCCGUCUUUAUAUGGCUCACUGUGCUCAGAAGCUGCCUUCACAUGAUAUAGGCUAUCUUGUUACAUGUGUCAAUGACAUCAGAGUUGUUUUGAUGCAAAUCUUGUCAGCCAAUGAAAGAACUCAUAAAAAUGUUAAACUCAACAAAAAAUUGCAAGUCAGUCUGAUGGAACCAACCAUUGAGUAUAUUAUGAAGUGUAUAUUUACUGGGUUGUCUCAGAGACAAGUCAAUGAAGUUUUAUCAGAGUUUGGAUUGAUGAAGAAUCAACAGGAUUUGGGGAGUGUUUCAUGUGUUUCAAUCAUUCUUCAUCAUUUACUGAAGGAACUCCCUAUAGAAGUAGUUAGUUCCAAUGUUGUGCAGAUCCUUCAUCUCAUUGAAUUUAGCAAGGAUAAUUCCUUUGAUCAGCAUAUGAAUUACAGAUUGCUUGGAUUCAGGCUGUACGAAAGAAAAUCCCCUGUUGAUAUUGUUGAUGCUGUGUUAGAUAAAGUUAUUCAGGUUAUUGCUCUGUAUGAUAGCCUUGACGAAUACCUGAAGGUUGUAGAUGCUUAUACUGAUCUUAUUCUUCAGAAUCAGAUGGAUAACCAUUUGAAAAUCAUUUUGGAAGGCAUUUCAAAGCGUACUUGGAAUAAAGGAGUUACAGAGGAUGAAAUGCCGAGCUUGCAAUCUCUUGUGGUGAAGCUUCUGUCUCAUUUUAAGCAUCUGGAAGAUGUGUUUUCUCUGGAUCAGUUUCCUGAAAUCUUGGAUGUAAUGUAUGGCAAGUCACAGGAUGUUGUCUUUUUGCAUAUCCUUAAUAUGGCGACAAGGAAUGGUCGCAUUAGUGAUCCGACGAGCAUACAGUUGCUUUUUGAAAUUUCUCUGGCUCUACAUAAUAAUAUAGAGUUUAUGAACAUGAAAGAUGAUGAUGGCCAAGUGGCAUGUUCAAUAGCUCGCUUUGUGCACAUGGUAGAUUAUGGAACAGAGAUGGAACACCAUUUAGCAUUUCUGGUUGAUUGCCGAGGAGCUUUUGGUAGAUUAAAUGAGCUUAAGGAAACUCUUGUUCACUCUAGCAAUUCUUUAGCAAUUCAAGCUUUGAAAUGUGCUAAGAAACAUCUGAAUUUUGUCAAAUCCUGUGUUACAUUUAGUGAAGUCACAAUACCUUCUAUUUCUGCUCACAGGCAGUUUGAUCUUUUUCUAGAAACUGCAGAGGUUGCAUUCUUAGGGGGCUUGGUUUCUCAUUCAGAUGGAUUGAUUGAUUCAGCAAUCAGCUGUUUGCAUACCUUAGACAUAAUUGAUGGCUUCCGAACUCCAACUGAUGUUGAAGGACUAGUUUCAUCUAUUAGAAAGCUAUGUGGCUUCUUAAUUAUGGUUCCAGGUUGUACUCUUAGUUUACCAGUCACCUAUUUCCCAAAUAGCUUAUUUACAUUGAUCAGCUCCCGGUCUUGGUUUGAACCAAAAAUGAGGGCACAAAUUUUUUCUGCUAUCAUAUUAUUAUUGACAACUUUAUCACAAAAGAGACUGCCAUAUCAUGCAAAUUCACAGAUUCCAGGCAAUGACAUGUUAUACUACGGGGAUUCAUCGUACAACCAAGAGCUUGUUUCUUUGUCUAAACUUGUUCUUGAGAACCUGCUUAGUGCCGUUCAACAAGAACCUUCCCAGGCUGCUCGAGGAAUUAUGGCACUUGAAGCUUGCAAUUGCAUUGCAUCUUCUUUCAUGCUAAGCAAUGAGUUAUUGUCUUCUUGUCUUACACUGGUCGAAACUGCCAAGUCAUGUUUGAGUGCCAAAGACAGAUACCUCCAGUCAACCAUUCAACUUUUAAACAAGCAAUCGCCAACUUCUGUAGGGACUAUGGUGUCUACUUUUGUAUGAUUUGUGUUCAUCUAGGCUGAUAGGUCACUCGUGACAUCUAUUUAUAACCUUGUUUUCUCUGGGUUUUUUUUCUCUCUGAAAAUGUUCUUUCUCCGUGUGGGUAAGGAACGAGCUUUUGUCUUUCCCUCCCUCUUAUUUUUCUUUAUUUUGAACGAGGGGGCUUAUUUGUUGCAAAUUUAUUAUUUCUUUUUCUUUCCUCUAGGAAUCAAAUUUAUUACUUCUAAAUAUCGUGAACGAACUAAAAACGGGGCAUAAAGUUAAAUUUUCUACAGUA